AUGGCCUCUGUGCACACUGGAACGCAAAAGUGCUAUUAUGAUUUGCAAAAGUCACAGCUUGCACUAGCGGUUGGAAGCCCAUUGGAGGUACUGAUUAUUGAGAAUUUUGAUGAAGAGCAAAUAUGGCAGCAACUGGAACUGCAGAACAAUGCUGUUCUUAGCUACUUCAAGAAAGCAGUUAGCACUGCACAAAAGGACAAGGAUAUUUAUCUUGCACAGUCAGCUGAGGAGGAAACCCCAGACGAAGGUGAAGGUGUGUCAGAAGAAGAGUCCGAGUUAAUUAGUGAAAGUGAAGAGGAACAAAGAACUCAGGAGAAAAUACUUGCUAAUACCAAAAGACCCAAAAGAACACCAGUGGAGACAUUUAGUGAUGACGAUGAUGAUUCAGAUAUGGACUUUGAUAUUGAUAAACUGGAGAAGCAAAAUAAGCAGAAACAUAAUAAUAAAAAAACAAUGGCUAAAGCUAGUGAAACGUCAAUACUUGACGACAAGUUCUUUAAAUUGUCAGAAAUGGAGGCCUUUUUAGAAAAAGUUGAAAAAGAAGAUGGCGAGGAAGAUGACAAUGAUGAAGUUGAUUAUUUUGAGGAUAUUGACUCUUAUGAUGAUGAUGAUAUGGAUGAAGACUUUCACAUUACGAAAAGCAAUAAACGGGUAAGCUGUGUUUUAAGGAAAUGGCUGGAGAAAUCAGUAAAGCGCAUAAAAAGCUUUGCAAAGCAUUUGUAUCUCAGUCUAAACAUUAAGAUAAAAUGGUUUGAACAUGAGAUCUUCAGGAUGCUAUGGUAUUAAUUAACCAGACACAACUGGUCGAUAAGGAAAAAUAAUCAUAAAUUGUUUCGGCAAAUGGCUAAUUUUUAAUAAUCAAAAAGGUAUCCAAAAUAUCAUUUUUCAAUUAGUGUAGCAUUCAAGGACAAGGAAAGGUAAAGUCAUUGGGGGAGUGCCAGUUUGUGUGCCAGUGAAUUUAAUUGCUUACUGAGCAUACACCAAACCCCAACCUGCCACUGAGAAUUGCACUGAGAAUUGCACUGAGAA